CUCAGUUGGCUUCUCUAUAACGCGAAUUGGGAUUCAGCAUUCAACAUACUUACUUGUAAUUAAUCCCAUUAAAUUCUAUGUGGUUUAAACAUGAUGUAAUGUAGAAAAGAUGCAGACCAGUGUUUCAACAUGCUUCCCUUCACCUUCUUAAAAUUCAUGAUGCAUGCCAAUGGGAAAAUUAUCAUGUGGUUUCUUCUGUUCUGUAUGUUUGUCAAGAAGGUGUUCCCUGCUGGAGAUGACAUCAUCAUUGCUACUAAGAAUGGAAUGGUCAAAGGUAUUCAUUUACCUGUGCUCGGUGGUACAGUAACUGCAUUUCUUGGGAUUCCUUUUGCAACACCACCUAUUGGUAGACUACGUUUCAAAAAACCAGAAUCUCGAGAAGAAUGGAAAGGAACUUGGGAUGCCACCAAGUUUGCCAACUCUUGCUUCCAACUUCUAGAUAAUACUUUCCCUGGCUUUGAAGGGUCAGAGAUGUGGAAUCCAAACACAAAACUUAGUGAAGAUUGCCUUUAUCUCAAUGUAUGGGUUCCUUCUCCCAAGCCUAAAAACGCAUCAGUCAUGGUAUGGAUUUAUGGAGGUGGCUUUCACAGUGGAACAUCUUCACUCUCUGUUUAUGAUGGCAAGUUUCUAGCUCGUGUGGAAAGAGUCAUUGUUGUAUCAAUGAAUUAUAGAUUAGGGCCUUUUGGAUUCUUGGCUUUGCCAGGAAAUGAAGACGCCCCAGGAAAUGUAGGUUUGUUUGAUCAAAGGCUGGCACUUCAAUGGAUCCAUGACAACAUAGGAGUGUUUGGAGGUAAUUCUAAAAGUGUGACCUUGUUUGGAGAAAGUGCCGGAGCAGGGUCUGUUAGCUUUCAUCUUCUUUCUCCUCAAAGCUAUCCUCUCUUCACUAGGGCAAUCAUGCAAAGUGGAUCUGGGAAUGCUCCUUGGGGUGCAAUUCUACCAUCUGAAGCAAGAAAAAGAACUCUAGUUCUAGCUGAACUCCUCCACUGUACUGGCAAAAAUGAAACCGAGAUCAUAUUCUGUCUUCAAAACAAAACACCCCAAGAGCUAUUGGAGAAAGGAGAAGCUGCGUCAAUAUACACCGGUCUUAUACAUUUGCAGUUUUGUCCCAUAGUUGAUGGUGACUUUCUUGCUGAAAUGCCAGAAAUAUUGCUGAAAAAUGGACACUUUAAACAAACACAGAUCUUGAUAGGAGUAAACAAAGAUGAAGGUACUACUAUGCUUGUGUAUGGUGCUCCUGGCUUCAGCAAAGAUAACAACAGCGUUAUCAGUGAAACAGAAUUCCAGGCAGGUUUGAAAGUUGCUUUUCCACAAUUAAAUGAAAUGGGAUUGGAAUCGAUUGCUUUUCACUACACAGACUGGGAAGAUGAGAAGAAUAUUUUCAAUUAUCGUGAUGCCAUGGAUGAUAUCGUUGGGGAUUACUAUUUCACAUGUCCUGCAGUAGAGUUCAUAAAACAAUUUGCCUUGGCAGGGAACAAUGCUUUUUUUUACUACUUCGAACACCGAUCUUCAAAACUUGCUUGGCCAGAAUGGAUGGGAGUUCCACAUGGUUAUGAAAUUGAGUUCGUAUUUGGAUUACCUCUGGAGAGAAAAGUUAAUUAUACUAAAGCAGAGGAAGCACUGAGCAGAUCUAUACUGAAGUAUUGGGCAAAUUUUGCAAAAACUGGAACACCCAAUGGAAAUCAGAUUAAUGGGACAAGAUGGCCAGUCUUCACAACCACUGAACAAAAUUACUUCGUAUUAAGCACAAAUACUACAAAGAUUCAGACAAAAUUGCGGGCUCAGACGUGCCGAUUCUGGAACAUCCUUUUUCCUAAGGUCCUGGAGAUGACAGAAGAUAUUGAUGAAGCAGAACGAGAGUGGAAAGCAGGAUUCCUUCGCUGGAACAAUUACAUGAUGGACUGGAAAAAUCAAUUUAAUGAUUACACUAGUAAGAGGCAAAGCUGCACAGGUCUCUAAUUAAAAGUUUCAGCCUUUCUGGAAUGCUUGUACUGUCAAAGAUCAAGGCAAACAUGGAGAUAGUUAAUGUAGCAUAUCUAGCAAUAAGGCAUAUUAGGCAGGCUCAGUGACCCAUUACAAAUAUACCAUUCUUCCAGGCCCAUUUCUAUUUAUAUCAAUAACUGUUAUGAAAGCACUUCCACCUUUUGAAGCAUCAGGAAAUGUAAAAUAGGCUUAAAGCAAUUAAAGCCAGAGAAUGAUUGAUGUUGAUAUAAUGGCCCCAGUCCAAUAGUAAAUUAUAUACUCUUUUUUUUAAAAAAAAACAUCAAGCUGGUGCUAGCUGUGAGCAGUGGUAUUGUUACAGACUGGAAUAUGCAACUCACUUAAGAAGAAGAUUCAAAGGCUAAAUAUACUUUGGCCAUUUGGCAAAUGGAAUUGUGUACCUUCCAGGAAUGUGCGUACAAGCCCAUUCUACUCCUAUGCCUACACUGAUCAGAAAUAUGUGAAAAUAGGCUUUGACUGAAUGUGGUAAGAAUGAAAUCAAGACACAGGCCUCAGAGUAUGGUGAACACUGAAACCAGGUAUAAUCUCUUUACAAACUUUUGCUACAAUCCAGAAAGAUAAGUAGAGGAAGGGGAACAUGAUCCAUUUCUCCAACACAAUUAAAUUAGUCCUUUCCAAUUAUCUGCAAAAAAAGAAGAAGAAGAAGACGCUUCAUUUGGCAGCUUUCACAAUCUAUCCAUUUGCCCAAGAUGACUGUCACUAAUGGAAGCUGACACCUGAAACAUAUAAAAACUAUCAGGUUCCUUAUUCGUAGACUUUAGGUCUAAAUUCAAGUGUGUAGCUGAAUGCACAGCUCACUUAUGUUGCAAUAUGAUUAUGCAACUAUAAUUAACCAGAUUUGGGUAAGAAAAUUACUGAUCAAACAAACAUUUUCAAUGCAAUGACAAUCACAACUGAUUUUUCCUUUAGCAAACCACGGAAAUACCAGUAGCAAUAGAGCAAAUCCAAAUGGCUUCAAUUCAGAGGUGGGUUCUACUUACCUUUACUACCAGUUCGCUAUGGGAGCACAGAAGCCCCUUGAUGAUGGGGUGGGCAAAGCCUCCUGCUGGUUUUACUAUUGGUUCUAUAGAACCGGACAGAACUGGGAGCAAUCCAUCACUGCUUCAAUUCCAACACAAGUGUCACAGCAUUUUGAUCUUGCUUCAGUUUUAGUAUAACAUUAUGAGGGGAAAAAUGUAUUCCUUCCUUUUUCUUCCCUUCCAGGACUUUUGUCCUCCAUGGUUGUUGUUUUUUGGUUUUUUGUUUUGUUUACAUUUAUAUCCCGCCCUUCUCCGAAGACUCAGGGCGGCUUACAGUGUAUAAGGCAAUAGUCUCAUUCUAUUUGUAUAUUUUUACAAAGUCAACUUAUUGUCCCCAACAAUCUGGGUCCUCAUUUUACCUACCUUAUAAAGGAUGGAAGGCUGAGUCAACCUUGGGCCGGGCUUGAACCUGCAGUAAUUGCAGGCUACUGUGUUCUAAUAACAGGCUCUAACAGCCUGAGCUAUUCCGGCCCUACAUUAAUCCCAGAAGACAGCAAUAUAUGGUACAAUAAUUGCAAAUAUUUAUUCACUCAAAGUUUCAAUAAACUUGGUUGUUUAAUAUAUUUUGGCAGGCCAAGGCAAAGAGGCAGUCCUGGAACCGGCGAAAUCUGGGGGCUGGGCAUGGGAAAAAUGUAUCUGUCCUCAGUGUGAAAGGGAUUGCCACUCUCAAAUUGGCCUUUUUAGUCACACUAGAUGCUGUUUUAGGACCUCUUUCCAGAGCAUGAUACCAUAGUCUUUUGAAACUGAAGGAUGCCAAUGCAAUAUUGGUACAACUGAUUAGCAAUAUACACUGCUGAUCAACACAAUUCUCCUGACUAAUUUAAGCAGAGAUUACUAAUCUAAAAAUUUAAACCAGUAAUUAAAUAGCUACCCAAAGCUGUCUUUUACCAUCUUGAUUCCAAAAGAUUUCCCAAUGUGAAAAAGGUGGCAAGAAGAAUAGUAGCAAACAAUAACAAACAGUAUAGUGAACUGCAGAAUUAAUAAACUCUUACACAUAACAUAUUGACACAUCAUCACAUACAUCCAGAUCAGAGGUGUCAAACUUGCACCAUCACAUUGUCGUCAUGUGAUGCAUCAUGACUUUUUUCCCCUUUGCUAAAGCAGAGGUGGAUGUAGCCAGUGUAUGACGGUUCCAGCCUGCGGGCUGUGAGUUUGACACCCCUGACCUAGAUCCUCUUUUCUACUAAAGUAUUGGAUUCUGACUUUUCUAUCAGUCUUGUCACGGCAUCUCAUUAAAAUUUAGAAGGAGAUUUGUGGGGUCCAGUUGUUUUGGGACAAGUCCUCAACAUGGAACUUUAGGUCCUGAUCUAAAGUAUUUUUUCUUUAUUCAUCAGCCCAUAUUUGAUCCCUUCCAUCAUACAUCAAACCUUUGGUAUCCUGGCAUGAUGUUGCACUUUAUCACUUUUUUUUGUUUUUGUUUACAUUUAUACCCCGCCCUUCUCCGAAGACUCAGGGCGGCUUACAGUGUAUAAGGCAAUAGUCUCAUUCUAUUUGUAUAUUUUUACAAAGUCAACUUAUUGCCCCCCCCCAACAAUCUGGGUCCUCAUUUUACCUACCUUAUAAAGGAUGGAAGGCUGAGUCAACCUUGGGCCGGGCUCGAACCUGCAGUAAUUGCAGGCUACUGUGUUCUUAAUAACAGGCUUUUACCAGCGUGAGCUAAACCGGUUUUAUCGAUAAAACCAUAGAUCUCAUAGAUCAUGGGUCUCAUAGAUCAUUACACUGAUUAUUUUCAUAGUCACUGGAAAAGAUGAGUGCCGAGUGUGCUUGUAAAGAUGUGAUCUUCCAUUCAAGCGUGGAUUUUCUCUGCUUCAGGUAACCCUUGGCUUCUCCAUCUGCAUGCUUCCCAUAAGUUGUUACUUAGGAAAUGGUGUUAGGAAGUAUCAUCAACUUUUUCUUUUACAAGAGAAAAGGCUUUUACAUCAAUGGGAAAAGUUGCUAAAUAUCUUGCUUCACUGAAAGAGAAACAUUCCAAGGAUCAAAACCUCAUUCACAAAUUACACUAGUUUUCCCUACAGGAGUCAGAGAAGAAAAGAACAACUUCCUUGAGUGGGAUCAAGUACCAUACUACAACGUGAAACAUUUUUCUCCCUGUAAUCCCAUUCCUCCUGGGCAUGUGAUGAAAAUGUUUAUCUGUAGUUCUCAUUUGCAGAAUGCUUUGCAGUUCUCAAUUUAUUUGUUCUUGUAACAUCCCUGCAUAGCAGCAGUUCAUCAUUGUUCCAAGUAUACAAUUUAUUAAACCUCUCGUAGAGGUUUAUUCACAGAUUUAUCCCUCUGAGUACAGUGAGACUUAUUCCCAAAGACAUUAAUAGGACAUGCAACAAAUAAACUUUAGAACUGGCUUCUCCUUGGGAUUUUUAAAUUGCCUCUUGCUCUAUGGGUACAUGAGGUGUGCUAUGUAAAAGGAAUGAACAGUUUUGGUUGGGAAACAGUGCUGAAAGAGAAUCUUACUUUAAAAACCCCACACAUACUGUUAUAUAAUAUAUAUAUUACAGUAUAUGUGGUAAAAAUAUUUAAUUUGAAAAUCCAAUGCAAAGAGAAUCUGAUUGAAUUAUCCCUUUAAAUCAAAUUGUCAAUUCUAAUUUCAGAAUCAAUUUGACAUGCGAAAUUGAAUUGGAUGCUUUUGAACCAAUUCAGUGGUUCAAGGAAUGCUUAAAUAUCUACAGACCCACAUAUUUCCCCCCUGAAUUGGAUUCAUGACCUAUAUCAAAUAGAUAUGAUUAGAUAAUUUGCACCUGAUCGAGGACGACUAUACAUUUAUUUUUCAAACACAAACUUAACUUUUGGUGAUUUCAUGGAGCUGUCCAAGAAGCUUUCUUGACACUAGAAUAAAAGUUGCUUGUUAUUGUCUUCUUCCAGGUUACUUUUCAGCUUCUCUGUUUAGCUUACAGUGCUGGUUGUACUUUAAGGUCUCUAAUCCAAAUGCUAACCUGGCUCAAUCCUGUAUAGCUUCUAAUCAUAGUCAAAGUCAGCCAGUGCUGCCAUCUGCCGAGGACCUUGUUGGCUGUUGUUGGGUUUUUGGGGGGGUUCUUUGCUGGCUUUAGCCAAUCUAUCAUCAGAAUAAUUUAGAGAAUUACAGCUAGUCCUCGACUUACCAAUUCAUUUAGUGAAAAAAGUGAUUUAUGUCCAUUUUUCACUCUUAUGACUAUUUUUUUUUAUUUGCAUUUAUAUCCCGCCCUUCUCCGAAGACUCAGGGCGGCUUACACUAUGUCAAGCAAUAGUCUUCAUCCAUUUGUAUAUUAUAUACAAAGUCAAUUUAUUGUCCCCAACAAUCUGGGUCCUCAUUUUACCUACCUUAUAAAGGAUGGAAGGCUGAGAUUGCAGCAUCCACAUGAUCAUAUGAUCAAAAUUCAGAUGCUUGGUAACUGAUUCAUAGUUAUGGGGGUUGCAGUGUUCAUUUGAUCCCCUUUCUUCCAACAAGCAAAGUUAAUGGGGAAGUCAGAUUCAUUUAACGUACAUGUUAAUAACUUAACAAUUGCAGUGAUUCACUUAACAAAUGUGGCAACAAAGGUUGUAAAAUGGGGCAAAACUCACUUGACACAUUUGUCACUUAGCAACAGAAAUUUUGGGCUCAAUUCUGAUCGUAAGUCGAGGACUACCAGGAUACUAUGGCUUCUAGGAUAUUGACAAGUGCUUUUAAUCAGAGUGAAUACAAUUAUUUUUAUAUUUUGCAAGCUAAAGCUCUGAUGAUGAAGGAUAGAUGAUCUAGAUAUACAAUUACUCAAUGCAACAAGCUAUAUGUCAGCAUUCCAUUGGUUGUAAAUUUUUAUACAACUUUUGCAAGAAAUGAUUUCCACUGUAUGAUUUAUAAACUGAAAGGAUGUUAUAGUGUACUGACAAUACGUUAUAUAGGUGGUUUCUUUUGCACUGGCUUAUUCUUUAUAGGUUCUAAUUUGUGCCUCAUCUCUAAAACUCUUUUUUUUCUUAUUCUCAAGUAUUAAGUCUAUUAAUGGUAAUAAAAGAUAUUUCUAAUCAUG